AACGCACAAACCAACCAAGCGAGCGUUAAAGGGGAACGGGGUAUCUCUAAUUGCACCUGUGCGACACAAGUUAAACAGCAAACAACGCUUAAACAAGAUAAUUGUUAGUGGGGCACUGUUUGAUUUUUUCGUUGAUAAAACGAGUUUAAAUACAUCAUAGGAAUAUUGAUGGUUGAUGGAUAAAACCGUGCCGACUAAAUCAAUAGCUUGUUAAAAGUGUAUGUUGCAUUAUGAACUAUUUUAGAAUUAAAUUGUAAAAUAUGCACUGUAAAAGUUUUGUAUUAUUCAGUGAUAAAGCGCACUAAAUAGAUAAAGGAAUAUAGAUGGAUAUUUCACUUUGUCAACUAAAUUGAGAAAGUUGUAUGCAUUAUAUGGUGCAAUAUGGACAAUUAUUUUAGACUUUUCACCUGGACAGUUUUACAGAUGGUAUGCGGUUUUUCAGUGUCAGCGGAUAAUGAAUUGCUUGAUAAACGACUGCUGUACUAUGAACCGUUACAUUAUGAUAUAGACGACCUUCACCUUAGACAUUCUCAAGUCGGCAAAUCGGGAGACUUACUUCGUGUUAACUUUUAUGCUUUCAAUAGAAAUUUCUCCCUUGAAUUGAGAAGGAAGGGUCAAUCAAAUUCCAACAUCAUUCUUCAUCAUAAAAAGGAAAUCACCACACCAGAUCUUUCAUUUGUUUACACGGGAAAAGAUACAGAUCAUUCCGGAAGUGAAGCAAGUUUGGCUGUGAUCAAUGGAACAUUGCAGGGAAAAAUAAUUCUUCCUGGUGAAACAAUUUAUCAUGUAGUUCCAAGUUCGUGGUUGUUUAAAUCAGUGCCAUACUUUCAUACUGUGAUAUAUUCAGAAAAAGAUUAUAUAUGGAAUCAUACUUACCAUUCGGAUACAUCAAUUCCUUUUGGAGGUUCAAGUCAGAGUCAGGACAUGUAUAAAAAGCCAAGAGGCCGGCGGAAAAGAGAUUUAAUUCCACCAUCACAAGGACAAGACCAUCAUGUAUGUACAGUCAAGCUGACAACUGACAAAACUGUCUGGAAAUAUUUCAUGAGUUUAGAUCAGAGCGAGGACCGCAGUCGUUACGACAUAUUGUACAUGUUGGAAAAUCACGUGACGGAAGCAAAUAAAAUCUUCAAAAAUACAGAAUUUACCUUAAAUCAAGGUAAAAAGACGGAAGAAAAUUUGAAAGGAAUACAAUUCGAGAUAAGGAAAAUAAAGAUUAUGACAGAUAUCGAUUGUGAAGACGAGGGUAAAUCGGUGCUAUGCAAUGAAGAUCUUGACGGUCAAUCACUACUUUACCAAUUUUCUGACGAAGAACACGACAUUUUCUAUUAUGACAAUGUUCCUGAAGCUGAUAAUAUUGGUGGAGAUGACUAUACAUACAGCUAUGCUUAUCCUGAAGAAGAAAUCGAAUAUUGUUUGUCAUUUCUCAUCACUGCAAGAGUUUUGUAUGUCAACAAAGAAAGUCCACUUCUCGGCUUGGCUUUCUCGGCGCUCGAUGAUGGAGGGAUUUGUUCGAGUCAAAACAAUGGAUUCAUCACAUUAUUUCAAGAAAGAACACAAGCUUUGCCGGCACUUGUUACACAGUUAGUGUUUACACAUGAGGUUGCGCAUGGAUUCGGCGCAUUACACGACGAUAUGAAGCAAUGUUCGGAAUACAACUUAAAAGAAGAGCCAGCAGACGGAUAUUAUCUGAUGCAUAAAAUUGCUCAACGUGGAGACAAACCCAAUCAUUAUAAACUAUCACAAUGUAGUCUCAAGUACAUCUCCGAAACACUUUCCCGUAAAAAAUCUCGCAUAUGCUUUACAGAUAGUGAGUUACCAUAUUGUGGUAAUGGUAUAGUUGAUGACGGGGAGGAGUGUGACUGCGGUAACGAUUGUGAAACUGAUUUAGAUAAUUGUUGUCAUUCCAACAAUGCAACUGGCGGUUUGAGAUGUACACUGAAAGAUGGGGCGAAAUGCAGCCCAAGCCAAGGACCAUGUUGUGACAGCAAUUUUUGUCAAUUUAUAAAUCGUACACAGAAUUUCGUAUGCCAGAACCCCAAACCAUGUGUUGACGAAUUAUUCUGCCAUGGGGAAAUAUAUGGAGCACAAUGUCCGCCACCAAACAAACAUCAACAAAGAGAGGAUGGCUUCAUCUGUAGUGGUAAUGGACGUGUUUGUGAUGCAGGCAGCUGCAAUGCAUCUAUAUGUAAAUUGAUACAAUGGAGGGAAUGUCAGAUGUCCAACAACAAUGAUAAAUUAACAAUACAAGAGAAAGAAGAUCUAUGUUAUAUUGGAUGUCGAAAAAAGAAAUCGUACGAAUGCAUCAGUUCACAUGAUAGAUCAAAAGUUAAACAGCACAUAGAGUUUAUGAAUUUAUUGUCUAACAUUUCUACUGAUAAUACAAUACUUCCUGUACAACUCCCACCUGGGACACCUUGUAACAAAAACAGGGGGUACUGUGAUGUUUUCAACAGAUGUCGGGGUGCAAACCCUGACACGCCAUUGGCGAGAUUAAGACAAUGUUUCGCAAGCGGUGAAUGUGGUGAACAUAUUUUAUAUAUUUUACGGGUAUACUGGUGGGCUGUUAUACUCUGCUCUAUCGCUGGCUUAGUUUUAUUUUGGUUAUUUGUCAAAUGCUGCGCUGUACAUACUAAAAGCAGUAAUCCGGAAGUAGAAUUACGUCACCCUCACAGAUCUGUUCGCCAAUCAGUUACAAGUGUCAGAGAUUCUGUUGUUCAUCCUCAGAAAACAUUUCGUGCUUCAGUUAGGAGUGUCCGUGGAUCUUUAAGGAGUUUUAGUGGCACGAUGAGAAAUGCUCGAGAUUCAUUUAGACGUAUGAACAGUCGACCAGUGACUAGCGAUUUUGAUUUAAAGAAAAUUGAAGAGGAAUUAGAAGUUCUUAAUAAAAAUCCGUCCACAAAUGUUGAAGAUGUGUUUCUGUAAGAUAAACAAAGUUUGUUUAUUUAAGGAUGGAUGACAUAACAAGUGUUUCCUCACAGGGUAAUUUAUGAAAUGCUUUUAAAAAGAUGUAUUGAGUUCAAAUCACGUGAUAAUAUAACAUGUAUAAUUAACUUAUACUAACAAAUAUAUAAAUAUCAUGUUGUUUCAUUUUUUAAAACAGCAGUAUUACUUGACAAUACAAUACAUCUUUCUUUAUUUGGUAGUGGUUGUGUAAAAAUAUCCUUAAUUUAUAGACUUAAAACUGAAUACGUAAUGUAGAACUAGUUAUGAACAUUCUUUUGUCAAGCAUGGGCUUACAUUGAGGAAUACAGUAUUAACUUGGACAGCAAUUUAGAAGGAGUUUUCUUGUUCCAGUGAGUGUUCAAAGAAAACCGUUAUGUUACUGUUAUAUUACACAACAUACAAUGUUUCAAUUACAAUGUAUAUGUAUGUAUGUGUUCUAGGCUUAUCGAGAGUCCAUCCUCCUUUUCAGGCACUGAGAGUUAGGAAACCCUGACGUUUCACCAUUAAUUUCCUUUAAUGUAUCUACCAAAAAGUGACCUAUAAAUAUUGAAUUCAGUAAUUCACUGAAUGAUACUAAAUAAUUAUGUAUACACAUUGAUUUUUGUCAAUUAUAUGCUACAUCUAGUUGCAGAUAUGAUAGUCAUUCCGAUGAAUGUUGAUUGAAGACAAUAUGUUUAGGUUUAGAAUAUUUUAGAUUAGUUGUAACAAGUUAUCUCGACAUUUUAUUUAAUAUUUUGGAUGUGCAAUGUCCAUUUUUGUCAUUUUGAAUUUAGGUGUUGUACUUUUUUAUUUUAAUACUUUCAUUACAGAUUUCACAACAUAAUGGUUUGCUUCAAUUAUCCAAACUAGGAAAUCCAAGAUGAAAUUCAUCAUCAUCAUCGUCAUCAUCAUCAUUAUCAUCAUUAUCAUCAUCUUCAUCAUCAUCAUCUUCAUCAUCAACACCAUUUUCAUCAUUGUUUUGUUAGUCAAUUGAAAAAAAAUGAAAUCAAAAUGGGUCAAUUGUUCGGAAGAGUCUUUCAAAACAUAGUCAUAUAUUUGUAAAUAUCAUUAUCCGUACUACUGUCCACAAAGGUCUGUAUAUACUUACUUUAUGGUUGACAACGAUUUAUAAGAUUUUUCUGAACGCUUUAAAUUGAUAUUUAUGCUAAUCAUUCAUUAUAAAUUGUCCAUGUAGAAAAAAUAUUUUUAUUUAAGAUAAACAAAAUUCAUUUUUUUACAAACAUGGUACACCUCUUACAAUGAAACUUGUGUUUUUCCAAUAAGAAUAACUCUGACUCUCAUAACAAAGUACCAAUAGAUUUUACAAAAAUUUUGUGAUACUAGAAUAACAUGGUUUUUCAAUUUAUAAAUGUGGUGAAUCAGGUAAGUCUGCACUUCUAUGCAGUCCUGUCUUUCCAGACGCUAUAAUGUUGGUAGCUCAUUUUCUGUUGAAAUCCCUUAAUGGACUCUUCAAAGUGAAACUUAAAUAAUGUUUCAUUAGUACAAUGGUAAUAUUAUCAAUAAUGAAUUUUAAAAUAAGUGUAUGUGAACAUUAUUAUUUUAGACGUUGAUGUAUUCAUUUUCGUUAUGUUUUUCCCCAAUUGUUUUUCCCCAUUUAAGUCAAUGCUUACACAUAUUUUAUUUUUUAAGGAUCUUUAUCAUUUAACAUUUAAACAUAAAGCUUUAUAUUUUUGUAAAUAACAUAAUAUCAUGUAAUAAUAUUUUCAUUAAACAUUGUUAAUAGUCUUAACUUAAUUCAUUGACUUCACAAUAUGUAAUAAUUUGAUGUUUCAUUUUAAAUUAUUACUAUGGACUUUUGUCCAUUGUGCCAGAUAACAAAAUAUUUACCGUUUUUUACAAAUGUUUUUGUAUAUUUUUUUCAAAAUAAAUAUUUUUAACAAAAA